GUCCUGAUGGAUGCAUAUGUCAGCCUGAGUCAUCAUGCUCCAGCUCUGUGAUGCCCUAGUUCUCUUCAAAGCAAGAACAACAAGCACCCAUCAGUUUGGAACACAAAUCCUCCUUUCCAGAGACUUUUUACUUCUUGGUACCCUGUACUAUCAUAUACGGAUGAAUAUAGACCUCCUGUUUGGAAAUCUUACUACCCCUCUGGAUCUGCUGCUGUCACAGCUGAGUAUACCAGCUGCAGCAGGAAGCCCCUCAUCCUCGAAGGAUCACCUGUACUUGUGAGGUAGAAAACAGACCAAAGUAUUAUGGAAGAGAGUUUCAUGGCAUGAUCUCUAGAGAAGAGACUGACCAGCUCUUGAGUGUGGCUGAGGGGAGCUACCUCAUCCGGGAGAGCCAGCGGCAGCCGGGAACAUACACUUUGGCUUUAAGAUUUGGAAGUCAAACCAGAAACUUCAGGCUGUACUACGAUGGAAAGCACUUUGUUGGGGAGAAACGCUUUGAGUCCAUCCACGAUCUGGUGACUGAUGGCUUGAUUACUCUCUAUAUUGAAACCAAGGCAGCAGAAUACAUUGCCAAGAUGACGAUAAAUCCAAUUUAUGAGCACAUAGGAUACACAACCUUAAACAGAGAGCCAGCAUACAAACAGCACAUGGCAGUCCUGAAAGAAACACAUGAUGAGAAAGAGGCUGCAGGCCAGGAUGGGGUGUCAGAGAAAAGGUUGACAUCGCUUGUUAGAAGAGCAACUCUGAAAGAAAAUGAACAAAUUCCAAAAUAUGAAAAGGUUCACAAUUUCAAGGUCCAUACGUUCCGAGGGCCACACUGGUGUGAAUACUGUGCCAACUUCAUGUGGGGCCUCAUUGCUCAGGGAGUGAAAUGUGCAGAUUGUGGGUUGAAUGUUCACAAGCAGUGUUCCAAGAUGGUCCCAAAUGACUGUAAGCCAGACCUGAAGCAUGUGAAGAAGGUGUACAGCUGUGACCUAACAACGCUCGUCAAAGCUCACAUCACCAAGCGGCCAAUGGUGGUGGACAUGUGCAUCCGGGAGAUCGAGUCCAGAGGUCUUAACUCUGAAGGACUGUACCGAGUCUCCGGGUUCAGUGACUUGAUUGAAGACGUCAAGAUGGCCUUUGAUAGAGAUGGUGAAAAGGCGGAUAUUUCUGUGAACAUGUAUGAAGAUAUCAACAUUAUCACUGGUGCACUUAAACUGUACUUCAGGGAUCUGCCAAUUCCUCUCAUCACGUAUGAUGCCUACCCCAAGUUCAUAGAGUCUGCCAAAAUGAUGGACCCUGAUGAGCAGUUGGAGACCCUUCACGAAGCUCUGAGACUGCUGCCACCUGCCCACUGCGAAACCCUCCGGUACCUCAUGGCACAUCUCAAGAGAGUGACCCUUCACGAGAAGGAGAAUCUGAUGAGUGCAGAGAACCUUGGGAUUGUGUUUGGUCCAACCCUCAUGCGAUCCCCAGAACUAGACCCAAUGGCCGCCCUGAACGACAUCCGCUAUCAGAGACUCGUGGUGGAGCUGCUUAUCAAAAAUGAAGACAUUUUAUUCUAGAGUUUUAACUUGAGGAAGGAAGACAUGUUUUACAGAUGAAGGAAUGGUUUCUAGUAAUUUAAUUAGCUUCACUAGCUGAGUUGUUCCUUGGUUAGAGGUUUGGCCAAAUACCCAGAUUAAAAUGAAGGAACUCCCUGUCUUUUCUGUAGCACCACACAGCUGUCCUUGUAAAACAGUGAGCACACGCUUUCUGGUUCUGGUCAUCCUGGGUGUUCAUCAUGUUAAGAGACACUCAAGCUACUGCAUGAUUUCCCGUUUGGUGAGGAAACCCCCCAUCAAGGAAUCACAGACUUGUACCUGCACCGCCUCUCUGUCCCGGGUUGUCUGUGGUUGUCACCCAGCAUGCUUCCCAGAGUAACUGUCAUGACUUCGCUUUUGGGGUCCAUGCCAUCGGUUUCUGAUGCUUGCACCCUCGCACACACACGCAUAAGCAGUGCCCUGGCUGUAACCUCACCAUCCCUGUACCAUACGCCAACUCCACACACUCCUUUCCAGCUUCUCUUUCUUCUCCUCGACCAUAGUACUUCUCUUCAGCAAAGGCAAGAUAUGUUUCCAGCUCUGUUACUUCAGUAAGCUAUCCUAUCAAUAAAAAUGCACCACACAGUG